CUUCUUCUUAUAUUUAGGAUGCCUUUAUAUUAUGUCUUUAUAGAUGGGUUUCCAGAAAGUCAAGAAUAAUAUAGAUAUUUAUUUGAAGUGGUUUUAUGAGGAAAAACCGCAUAUUCCAAAUCAAUGUAUUAGGAAGGAGAUAGAAGAUAAGAAUAAAUUUUUUCAGAACUAUCAAAAUAUAGAGACCCAAACUUUAUAUGGAUCUCAACGUGUUAUUCCAGGGCCAGGAUUGUUGGAUCAGUCAUUUCCGGUGAAAAAGGGCCAAGGAUCUGAGACGGCUCCUUCUUUUGAUGUGAAAUAUUCUCCGGAAUUGUUUUCUGAUUUUGAAAAUUCGGAUGAAAACUCGUUUAUAUCAAAUAUAAAUCAAAAAAGCUCGGAGGAUUUCCAAUCAAAUCUAUUAAUUGAUCUUACGUGCUUUGGUGAUGAAGAUAGAAAAUCAGAUGAUAAUUCAAAACGGAAGGUUGAUUUCAUUCAUGUGCAUGAUCGAAAAAGAUGUAAAAGUUCUAAUAAUUUUGAAAAAAUGCGCUCUGAAGUUAUUGAUGGUGAUUGUAAACAUGAUAGUUACAAUGAUCCGGAAAUGUUAACAGCUGAUUCCCAAAAGAUGGAUAUUGAAUCUGAUAAACUUUUGAAAGAAUAUUCCUAUGUUGUAUUAGAUAGUGAAUUUUCUAGCGAUAGUCUUAUAGAUGACUCUGAAUUGACGCAAAUAGAUAUAUCUAAGGGUGAAUCUUUAGUAUCAUUAACUUACAAUGAUUUGCUAUUUCUUUUGGAUAUCCAUGAAAAACUGAACCUUGCUCAUAAAAAUGAGAAGGAUGUUUUGGAACGACUUCUUAAAAUUCCUUCUGAUUCUCCUACGUCAUUGAAAAAUAAAAGUGCAUUAUUAAAAGAGAGAAAAGAAAUAAAACGUAGAAUAUUAGAAUUGGAAAAUACAAUAGAACAAAAAAAAACACGGAAAGUUUUUAAUGUUAAUCAUAAGAUGCAGAAAAGGUUAGAGAAGCUUGAUGAUCAUUUAUCAUAUUCUCCUUCUUUAAAAGAUGAAAAAUCUGUCAAUUUAUCCAAAAAAUCUGUAAAUGGAAAUUUAGAAGCUUCUGUAUGUAAAUUUCAGGAAUGUGAUUUGUUUUCUCAAAACAGUGAUAACUUUGAUGAGUCUGCAUGUCUUUUUACUGAUUCUUUAGAAAAUAAACAAAAUCUUGUAAAGUCUCCAAUAACAGUCGAUAGUUUUCAUGAUUCUUUAUCUUCAGAUAUUAUUUAUGAUACAUAUGCAGACGAUUUUAAUGAAUUCCAUAAUUCUCAAUCUGAUAUUUUUCAUGAAAAUAAUUUUGAUAAAAAUACAGAAACUAAUAGUGUAUUCGACUCAAAUAACCAAGAACUUUUUCAAAAGACGUCUAAUUCCGUAUCUAAUUUUUCAUCUGAGGGUUUUGUAGCCUCCAGACAGCAUGAUACUGUAUUUACUAAAGAAUCUUACCCCGUUCAAAAUAAAGUGUCAUUAAAUCAGGCAUCAACUCAUAAAAAAUCGGUGCUUUCUGAAAAUAUGCCUUUGGUUCUUGGUACUAAUAUAAGUUAUCCAUGGUCAAAAGAUGUUUUUAUGGUCUUAAAAAAUGUUUUUCGGUUAAAGGAAUUUCGAAGUAAUCAAUUGGAAGCAAUUAAUACAACAUUAAGUGGAAAGGAUCUAUUUCUUCUUAUGCCUACUGGAGGAGGGAAAUCUCUUUGUUAUCAGCUUCCUUCAUUGAUUGAUUCAGGGAAGACUAAAGGUCUAACCUUAGUUAUUUCUCCUCUUAUAUCCCUUAUGCAGGAUCAAGUGGAGCAUCUUUUAAGUAUAAAUAUUAAUUCUGCAUUAAUAAAUGGUGAAACUCCUGCUUCUAAAAGGAAAGAGGUUAUGAAAAUUCUUUAUUCUGACAAUAUGUUUUUAAAGUUACUUUAUGUCACUCCUGAAUUUUUAAUAAGAAAUAAUUCCUUUGGCAAGGUUCUGGAUCAUAUUUAUUCAAGAAAUAACUUUGCAAGAGUAGUUGUAGAUGAGGCGCAUUGUAUUAGUCAAUGGGGACAUGAUUUUCGUCCUGAUUAUAAACAACUUGGACAAAUUAAACAAAAGUAUUAUACUGUCCCAUUUAUUGCUUUAACUGCCACUGCAAACGAAAUAGUAAAGAAGGAUGUGAUUCAUAAUUUAAAUAUCAAUAAUUGUGUUGUUUUAUCUCAGAGCUUUAACAGACCAAAUAUAUAUUAUAAUGUAGCAUUUCGAGAUACAUCAGUAUAUUCUCAAGUUCGUGAUAUAAUAAUGUCCAAUUAUGCAGGAAAAUCAGGGAUAAUUUAUUGUUUCUCUAGAAAGAAUUGUGAAGAUACUGCACGAAAACUUCGUGAGAAAUAUCAAAUGAAAAUUCAUCAUUAUCAUGCAGGAAUGACUAAUAAAGAGAGAUCGCAAAUACAAAGGGACUGGAAAGCUGGAAAAUACCAUAUUAUAGUUGCUACUAUAGCUUUUGGCAUGGGGAUUGAUAAGUCAGAUGUUCGUUUUGUAAUUCAUUUAUUUCUUCCAAAAUCUUUAGAAGGCUAUUAUCAAGAAACAGGAAGAGCUGGAAGGGACGGAAAUAUUGCUCAAUGCUGGUUAUUUUAUAGUUAUAAAGAUAAAGCAAAGCUAGAAAGGAUGAUUGAUAAAGGAUAUGCUAGUUGGAGUCAGAAAAAUCGCCAGAAAGCAUCUUUGCACCUUGUACUGCAGUUUUGUGAAAAUAAAAUUGAUUGUAGACGAAAGCAAUUGUUGGCUUAUUUUAACGAAAAAUUUUCAGAAAAAGAGUGCAAUCAGACAUGUGAUAACUGUAGAGAAGGUUCUUUUGUUGUAAAAAAAGAUAUGUUUCAUAUGGGAAAAGAAAUUGUAAAAAUUGUUCUUGCUGUCCAAGAAAAUAAGUUUACUGCAUUGCAAUGUAUAAACAUAUUUCGAGGAAUAAAGAGUAAUAAAGUUAUUAAUCUUGGUUAUGAAGCAUUACCUUCAUUUGGAUCUGGAUCUUCUUUGUCAAGAUUAGAUGCUGAAAGACUUUUUCACGUUCUUAUUUCUUAUGAUAUUAUAAAGGAAGUAAGUGAUGUUACUGAAAUGGGGUUUGUUGUUACAUAUGUUAAGAUCGGAAGAAAUGGAAUGUCUUUUUUGAAUGGAAAUGAAGCUCUUAUUAUGUCGUUUAAGCCUAGUGUUGAUUCAGAUUCAUCUAAUAAAACUUUCCCUCAAAAACAAGAAACAAUUAAAUUAAUAUCAAAUAUGUCUUCUGUUCGACAACUAAAAAUGAAUAGAAAGAAAACUGAUAAGAAAUCUUCUAAAAUUAUUCCUAUUUGUAACGCACAAAAAAAUAGAUUCGAGAAUUUUAAAGCAAAGAUAAAUACAUCAUCUACGCAUUUGUUAAAUAAAAUGUCUUUAGUCCUAAAUCCAUAUGAAUCGGAUGUUCUUAAAAGAUGUUAUCAAGAGAUGUGUCAAUUACGUGAUAAUACAGCAAAUGAGCAAGGAAUUUCUCCUGCGUCUAUUCUUUCCGAUAGGGAAUUGUUAAAUAUUGCUACUAAACUUUCAAAAAAUUUAGAGUCAAUUACUUUGCAAAGUGAUGAUAAAACAUUUCAUGCUAGAUUUGAAAACUGGGGUCAUUAUUUUAUCGAUAUUCUAGAUAAAUAUAUUAAAGAAAAAGAGGAAAAUUUGAGAGGUAUUGAAUUUUCAUAAUAAAAUAUGUUUCCCAUGAUAAUUCAUCUUUUUGUGGAAAC